AUUAGGAAAGAAAAGAAAGACUUGAAAGAAACUUUAAACGCCGGUCCAAUCAAUAUUUGCAACAAGGCACUGAGUAACAUCCACCCUUCUUUUUUACAUUUCCCCUUCCUCUUUGGUUUUUCUUUACAGGUAAAAUAUGAGGAAUCGAUUUGAAUUGCACAACAUAAGUCUGAACUCCCUUUCUCUUUUCGUGAUUUGAAUAGUGUAAAAAGCUGUAUCGUCACAUACAUUCAUUUAAAAUUUCGUCGAUUUACAGUACAUUUUAUCUUGUCUUUCUCUUUUGGAAGGUCUUUGUAGCCUGCCUAAAGUCUUUCUUUGGCUACCGCAAGGUUUCCGAAAGAGAAAUCAAGACCACUGUUACACUCUCUUGGAAUAACAAAAAAAUACAAUUGAACUUCAAGGAGUUUCCAAGGGGUUUUGAUGAGGCUACGGUAAAGGAUCUUAAAGAAAAGUGUAAACUUUUAACAGAUGUUCCUAUUGCCUCAAUGAAGCUUCAGGUGUCGGGUGCCAACAUGAAGGAUAACACGGCUACACUAACAAGCGCUGGUGUCUGCAAAAACUCUAUUCUUACUUUAAACGGUGAAAAGGUUGAUGAAUCGGUAGUGAAGCAAACAGCGUCAGGAAAUCCAGAAGAAUAUGGAUUAAUGACUCGAAUUGCCAAAGUUGUUGACACUUUAUCGGACGGCACUCUGGAACAAAUUAGCGAAUUUGAAGGAUUAAUUACAAAAGCACAAAAGAAGAAAAAGUUAAAUGCUACCGACAAAAAGACUUUACAAGAUCGUGGUAUUUUCUUGUCCGAAAAGAUCAUGCAAGGCUUAAUCAGUUUGGAUGGUGUGGAAUGUCCAAGUACGUUUGAAACAGCUAGACAGCGCAGAAGAGAGGGUGUGAAAUUAUCUCAGGCACUUUUAGAGAGAGUUGAUAAAUCUAGAGCAAUUGUUAAAGAAUUGUGUAAAAAAUAAAUUUGAUUUUUUCGUUUUCCUUUUC